CCUGCAUUACUUCGCUCAAACAGCUCAUUCGGAGAGAGGAACCCAUGGCUCACAGACGCAGAACAUCCGCGUUAUCCUUACCAAAGAAAAACAAACGCCGGCAAAACAUAGACCCUUAAAUCAUGUACGGAAUGACUACACAUAGGCUGGUUCAGACUUUUUUGGUCAUUUUUUUCUCUGGACAGGAAACAAUAUAGAAGUAGGGCAAAGGGUGCCUAUAUUUUGUGAAUCAAGACUUCGCCAGAGUUGUAAAUGUGUGUGAAGAAAAGGUGGAGAGAGAAAGCGCGCGGCUCCAUACUCAAUCAACUUGUAGCAUGAUCUCGCAUCACAAGCUCCGGAUCACAGCAAAGCAAAACAAAGGCACAAACUUUAUUUCAUAAGAGGAAUAGAAGUUGGCAUACUUCACUUUGUGCUUUUUAUUUUUGAAGUGCUGAAACAAAAGCACUAUUUUCUUCUCAGGAACAGUGAAUCGUUUUGGAAUCUCACCCAAUUAGCACUGAAGUCUUGGACGGAGGCAAAACUCUUUCUAUGGCAAACGACACCGAGAAGGACCCAUGCCACAGCAACCUGCACAUCGACAAUGGGAACCCGCGCAUCAGCGCGAUAAUGUUCUCUGCCGGAGUGAUAGGGAACUUGGCCGCUUUGAUCCUUCUGGAGAUCCGUCGCAGGAAGGACAAGAGCCGGCAGCGACUGUCGCUCUUCCACGUCCUGGUCACCACGCUGGUCGUCACUGACUUGAUGGGCACCUGUCUGGUCAGUCCUUUCGUCCUGGCAGCCUACUCCUUUAACACCACCAUUAUUUCUAUGAUUGACAGUAACCCUCCCGCAAUGUGUGAGUAUUUUGGAUUCUGUAUGACUUUUUUCAGCUUGGCCACGUUAUCUGUCCUCUUCGCAAUGGCGCUUGAGCGAUGCCUCUCCAUUGGGUGUCCAUACUUCUACGGGCGGCACGUCACCAAACGUUGUGGAUACAUCACCAUUCCAUUCAUCUAUUUAGUUUGCGGGGUGUUUUGCCUCAUGCCCUUUUUGGGUUUUGGGGACUACGUGCAGUAUUGCCCGGGGACGUGGUGCUUCAUUGACAUGAAUCCGUUAAUGCCGGAAGACCGAGUUUAUCCAGUCCUUUACGCAACCGUUAUGCUCAUCCUAGUCCUCGCUAUAGCGGCUUGUAACGCCUUUGUCGUAUACCACCUGGUUUUGAUGUACCGGAGGCGCAAACUAAACGGGGGAUCCGUGACAACUCGGAGUAAGAAGGACCGGAGAGUCCUCUCCAUGGCCGAAGAGGUCGAACAUCUUAUAGUACUGGUGUUCAUGACGGUGAUAUUCGUGAUUUGCUCCCUUCCUCUGGUGAUCCGUGUUUAUAUCAACUCCACGGGGCAGAGGAAGGAGAGCCACAAGAUGGACCUCAUCGCCCUCCUCUUUCUCUCAACCAACUCCAUCGUGGACCCCUGGGUGUUCAUCUUCCUCAGCCCAUCAGUGCUGCGCUUCUUCUGGGGAGCCCUGUGCAAGACGCCCCUCCUGCGGUCCAGGGAGUCUUUCUUCAAGUCCUCCCUGGGGAAGCAGACCCAUGCCCAGCUGGAGCUGUGCCAUCCCAGUGCUGUCUCAGAGUUCACCCACCCUCCGAUGUCCACGCAUAUGGUUUGACCCUUUGAUGUACUGGACCUAAUUGGGGCCUUGUAUGUUGUCUCUGAAGGGAGAAGCCACUCCGAAUAGUGCCACUGCCCAAAUGUGCUGCCUGCCUAGUGGUUUGGUUAUAUUGCAGGGAUGUGGGGUGUGUGUGUAGCUACUUAGGGGCAACUUUUGGACAAGUGGAGCGGCAACCUACACAUUCCUGCAAACGUAGGCUGCUGCUUGCUUGUUUUGGAACAAGCUCUGAGGCUCAUUUUGGAAGCCUCCGGAGGCCAGCAACAGACAUUUGACGGGCAGUUAGACUCCAACUCUGAGGAGAAUGGAGUUGCAGUACAGGGUCACGUUCUUAAAAGUACUACCCAUUAUUUGUUUUUACAGCCUGGACUCUCAGAUCAGAGGCCACUACAAGGACAGCAAACCAGGAUUCACAUCACUGAAGGAACUAAAUCAGAUAAGGACUGUUUAUUCUAUGUGAGUUGAUCAUGCUCCAGAUGCAUGCAUUGUUGCCACCGUGCCCUGUUACCACACCCUGGGACUCCCAGGGAAGUUUACAUGAAUUCUUUCUAUUGAGAUGUUCCUUCAGCCAUCAAAUGGAAUCCUUGUGAUUUUGGGAAUUGUUAUCAGAAAAGUCGGAGUCAUGCAUGUAAUCCAAGCAAGAUUCACACACUCCAAACCUAUGUUCAAAUACUAUUUAGGGUAUUUCAAAUACAUUUGGGUGUAAGCAUUUGGUCAUUUUAUUCCGAAAACACAAGUAGUUUAAUAUUGGAAUGUAUUUGGAAAUAACCUUGGAGAGUAUUUGCAUGUAUUUCGUAAAUAAAUAUUUAAAUACUACCAUGCAUUUCAACCAGGUCUGUUUGGUAUUUGAAAUAAUGUAGUUGGAAAUACUUUCAAAAUGUAGGCUAUUUAUAGUAGAAGUAGUUGAUUCGGGACACAUUAAAAUAUUAGUACGAUAUUUAUACUUUAUUUGAGUAAAAAGUACUAAAAUACGGUACACAGAAAAUAACAAAUAAUCAAAUACAUGUAUUUGAGCCCAGGCCUGACACACACAUACACUAUCCCCUCUCCCUGCAGCUAUGACCCGUUGACCUUUCCCCUGUCACCCCACUGUGUACUCACCUCAAACGGUCAAAGGGUAAUAGCUCGAGAGUGACAUUUCUUUUUGUAACAUGUUUUAUCAAACUAAUUAAUGUGGUUAUGUUAUGAGAAUUGUGCUAUGAGAGGAGGUUUCGUCUGUACCCUUAUGAGAUACCUCAGUGUUUUAUUUUAUUUCAUCUUUAUUUAACCAGGUAGGCCAGUUGAAAGGACAGCUUGAGUAUUUAUUAUGUGUCCCAGCCCUCAGAUCUCAUUGAUGUGUUAGUGUACCUGGUGACAAGGUACUCAUGAAUGUUCAGUGCGCAGUUGUAAAUGUGUCGUUCGUGUGUGUGUGUGUCAGUAAACCUUUUUAUGUGACGAAAGUAAAUGUUGUAUAAAAAAUGUCACGACAGGCCUGAUGGAAAAAGAAAAUUUGUUGGUAAACAUUUGAAAUGUCAACAAGACAAUAUGCCAGACAAUGUGGGAUUUUUUUGUGUCGAUAACAUUUAUUAUGCAUGAAAUGGCGGUGGAAACGCUUUUUUCAUUUCCAAUACAUAUCGAGGGUCUUAUUCUGGUGACAUGAUGAUUCAUGCUUGGCUGUCGUUUGACAAAUAAAAAUAAUCUUGCUAUUUUGUCCAUAAUAAUGUCAUAAUUUAGGCUAUAGCCGCACUGCAUCUGCGAGUGCGAGCUAUUAGCUAGUGUGCACGUGCCAAGACCAGAGUGGACACAUUCGCUAUAAAACGCAACUUUUUUUGUGACAAGACCAUCAGUAGAGUUGAAAAUGUGACGGAAACCCAUUUGACCUUUUAUUCGGGACAUGGGAAAACACAUUUAUCUGUAACAAGUCAAUUUGAUGGAAACAACUCUCUGGUGGGAAAAUGCGCAUGUUGUUUUCAUAUGGAUUUUAGAAUAUUUGCAUGAAAAUCUGUCGCCAAAUGGAUGGAAACCUAGCUAAUGUCAAAGAGAUGGCAAUGAAAAAAACAUGAUAACAGCAAGAAAUCCUACCUCUAAAGUUGAAGUCGGAAGUUUACAUACACCUUAGCCAAAUACAUAUAAACUCAGUUUUUCACAAUACCUGACAUUUAAUCCUAGUAAACAUUCCCUGUCUUAGGUCAGUUAGG